CCCCUCCUUUCUUCUCCGCUGCACUCCAGUCUCAACCUCCAUUACACAGCCAUGGCAUCGGAGAGGAAGCUCUCAAACCCAAUGAGGGAGAUCAAGGUGCAGAAGCUCGUCCUUAACAUCUCCGUCGGUGAAAGUGGCGAUCGUCUCACUCGUGCCGCCAAGGUCCUGGAACAACUCAGCGGCCAAACCCCUGUUUUCUCCAAGGCUAGGUAUACUGUUAGGUCUUUCGGUAUCAGGCGUAAUGAAAAAAUUGCUUGCUAUGUUACUGUGAGGGGUGAGAAGGCAAUGCAGCUUCUGGAGAGCGGGUUGAAGGUGAAGGAAUAUGAGCUCUUGAGGAGGAACUUCAGUGAUACCGGCUGCUUUGGCUUCGGUAUCCAGGAGCAUAUUGAUCUUGGCAUUAAGUAUGAUCCUUCAACUGGUAUCUAUGGUAUGGACUUCUAUGUUGUUCUUGAGCGCCCUGGAUACCGUGUUGGUCGUCGUCGCAGAUGCAAGUCACGUGUUGGAAUCCAGCACAGAGUUACCAAGGAGGAUGCCAUGAAGUGGUUCCAGGUCAAAUAUGAAGGUGUCAUCCUCAACAAGUCACAAACUAUUAGUGGUUCUUAGAUAUAUCUCUUACAACAUUCUUCAAUUUUGCUAUAUGCCAUUUGAUUUGUUUUGUGUAUCAGUUACAAUUUGGCUGAACAAGAUUUAUGGUUAUCAGUUUGGGAUAAUCUUAAUUAUUGUUUCUUUGGGCUUUUAAUUGUUUUAGGUUACUUUGUUUUUGAAAGCAGAUGAUAAUUGAAAUCAAAAUCAAUAUUCUGC